AUGGACAUCGUCGUAGACGACUCCGACAUGCACUAUCACUUCUACCAUGAGGUCCUACAGCAUGUGCGUACCAAUCCUCACCCGGACUACCUUACCUGUCCAUGCGCGACGUCGGUGGCAAUGUGGACGGACGUCGUUUGGAACGGCCCAGUCAAGGAUGCCCUCCGGCAUUGUCAAUCGUUUGGCACUCUCAUCAACCUCCUCAUGGACAAGUUCUCUGAUAUCGACCAGCUUUCUACCGAGGCUUUUCUACCCGCAGGGCCAGACUCUGUCCUCAACUUCAUCGCGGAUGAGGACUACGACGGCGCAAUGCUGCGCUCGCUUUUCGGGACAAUCAUCGAUAUUCCCUGGUACGGAGCCGCCCACGACGGGUUUCCCUACUGCAGCACAAUGUCCAGCUACACGCGAAUCCGUCAGCCGCCGGGCGCAUGUCACAGCAGGCGCGACGAUGCUGCGCUCUGGGUGAGCGCUCUGACGUUCGGUUUCCUGGAAGCUGCGACGCGCACGCGGAUUCCCGAAUCCAUGUUCGUCGUCCCCGGACCUCGUGAAGGAGAGCAAGUCCUGUCCGGUUCUCGUAUCCAUCGCUUUCUGAUGCAUUUCUAUCUCUCCCAAUACCGCGACGACAACUUCCCCGAAGGUCAUUUCGAGCAUGGACGCCAAAUAGUCGAACUCGUCAGAAGAGCCCUCAGCGCGCUCGACGAAGAAGCCGUGUGGCAUAUAGGCAGUCGGCUCCUCAGCGCAGGAUGUGCCGAGGAGGACACGGACGACGUGGUAUGCGCAAUCGCCUUUACCGUCUUAUCCCUCUGCGGUCUCGCCGGCAACGCUAGUGCGCAGUGGCAGGAUUUGCGAGACCUAUCGGGGGACCUGAAGACGCAAUCCGGGCUCCGGCACUUCCACGCCGCUAUCGUUCGCUCGUGCCACCAUAGAAUGGAGCGGGCGGGAUGGUGCAGCAAUACCAUCAAUAACCACCUCUCAGGCAAGUUCAUGAACUACGUGAUGCUGUCAAAUCUGGUGCAGCUUCCCCCAUACAUCAGGUCGUCGACCACCGAGCACGAGCAUUGCACACCCUGGUCGUGCGUCUUUUACACGUUCGAGAACACCGACGAGUAUGUCCCACGCCACGUCAGCCCUACUUGCCACUGCGAAUUUAUCCGUCCCCUAAUCGAAGAGGUCACGAAGAUGCUCCGCGACGGAGUCGUACCUGUGAUGGUCUACGAUGGAGCACUUCUUCGUGUCCGACCCGCUGCGGAGAGCUCAUACGUCGCAAUCUCUCACGUGUGGGCGGACGGGAUGGGGAGCACCACCGAGGACGGCCUGCCUACCUGCGUGGUGCGGCGGAUCGCAUCGCUCGUGCAAGACCUCCAUCCUGAGACAGGCGCUUUCUGGAUGGACUCGCUGUGCAUACCGGACGACCGUGGCGUGCGGAAACGCGCGAUCCAGCUCAUGGAGCGCACGUACCGCGACGCCGCAAAGGUGCUUGUCAUCGACGAGUGUAUCCGCGCGGAGUGCUCGGAGAAGAAGACAUGGGAGGAUAACCUGUUCCGGAUCGCGACGUCUGGAUGGAUCCGACGCGUGUGGACGCUGCAGGAAGGUAUCUUGGCCCGUCAACUCUACUUUGAGUUUCAGGAAGGUCCGGUGAACGUCGAGGCGAAAGCUGGUAUCAGGAAACCCGGUCCCGGAGAAGAUGCCUACAGACCAUGGUUAUCUAAUAAAGAUACCUCGGACUCAUGGGCCCCCAAGGAAGCCGGCAUCUACAUAUGGUGCCUCUCUCACUUGCCCUUCCUGUGGUUUCGCGUAACGCACGAUGCAUGGAGGCCUAGCGGCAGCCUGAAGCUCGACACACACAAGCUCAGGCUGAUCAGCCUCCUCAGUCUCCGCAGCACCACGAAGGCCGAGGACGAGACCAUCGCAAUCUCCGGUAUGCUUGCGCUCGAUCUCGGCGCACUCCUCGCCAUCACUGGCCCGGACGCCGCCGAGCGACGGAUGAAGGACUUCUUUAUUCAACUUAAGCACGUACCGACAGCACUUGCGGUACUUGAAGCCCCGCGCCUCGAGCUUCCCGGGUUCUCGUGGGCACCUCGUUCGCUCACAAUGGUUGACUCCGAUGGGUUUCUGACCGAUGGGCCCCACGCUGUGUACCAGACCAAGGGGUCGCCGACCGGCAUUUGUACCGCUGCGGGCCUCCUCGCCAAGUACUUUGUUGCGCCGUUGCGAGAGCCGUGUACGCUGGACAUCCGGUUGUUCGGACAUAACAAGGUGGGCUCGCCCCCGUCCUUGACGGAACAGCUAGUCGUUCGCGACGAGGACUCGGACGAAUGGUACAUAGGCACGAGGGUCCACGCCGGCGUGGAAGAGAGGGGCUCGCACUUCAUCACCUUCGACACCCUGCUAUUUGUGGACGGCGCACUCCCGGGGCCUGGCCAAAUAGUUCAUUGUGCCGCGGUAUGCAGGGCUUCUCGCGCACCUGCAGGCGAUGAUGAUUAUGGCGAUGCAGACUCCGAGGUAUCCCAAAGAGCGUCCGAGAGCAGUACUUCGCAGUUACCGCAGCAAUUCCGCCAUGUCGCGUCGGUGGUGCUGAUGAUGGUACCACGCAAGGCACUGGAGGAUACUGGGUUCGGGCGCCAUGUACUACGUAGAUCGGGAUGGGAGCCUCCUCGGAUGGGCGCACUGGCAAAGAAGGUGGUGCUGCUCAUCUGA